AUGUGGUGGGUUCUAUGGCUUGCCAAUUUGAUUGCAGUUUCGGGGAGAGAUAUAUCUUGCGGGGAUGCUAUCAAUAACUGCCGAAAGGACUUCGCAGGAUGCGGAUUGGCACUCUACAAAAUUUUUAAAAGAACAGAGUGUCUUACCGCGUUAGGUCUCAAGGACGAUAAAUUGGUCGGGAUCCGAGUAACCAGACCGAUGGAAAAGACUUGUCCACUGAGUUGUGUGAGUGCGAUCAACAACCUAACUGCUACGAAUGCAGGUAAAGCGAUGGAAACAUGUAACUGUAGCAGAGACUCAACGUGUCUAACAUCGAAGGCACGCUUGAAGCGAUGCGUCCUCAGUAGAACUACAAAUUACACUGUCUUUAGUUGCACCCAGGCUAGAAAACGAUGUAAUGGCAACAAGGAUUGUAAACGAAUACAAUUCAGCUUUUUGAGGCGAUGUACAAAGCUUAUCUCGGGUUUGGAAUGCACAAAGGAUUGUUUAAACAGCCAAGACGAAUUGCUGAAUUCAGAUCUGGGUAAAAGCGCUCAACGAUUGCGAGUGCGACGGGUUUGA